UCCAGUAGCUGCCUUUCUCGGGACUCUAGGCAUUUCCUUUGCCCAGGGACCCUGCGCUUGGUCUCAGUUGCCAUGCUGCACCUGGUUGCUUUUCUGUUGCACUGUCUCCCUCUGGCCAUGGGACACUAUGACAUUUGCAAAUCCUGGGUGACCACAGAUGAUGGCCCAUCAUGGGAGUUUUAUGCUUGCCAGCCCAAGGCCAUGCGAAUGAAGGACUAUGUGACAGUGAGAGUGGAUCCACCAGGAAUCACCUGUGGGGACCCCCCUGAGAGAUUCUGUACUCAUGAGAACCCGUACCUGUGCAGCGAUGAGUGUGACGCGUCCACCCCUGACCUGGCCCACCCACCAAAGCUGAUGUUUGACAAAGAGGAUGAAGGGCUGGCCACCUACUGGCAGAGUGUGACCUGGAGCCGCUACCCAGAACCCCUGCUGGCUAACAUCACACUUUCCUGGAACAAGAGCAUUGAGCUGACAGAUGACAUUGUGGUGACCUUCGAGUACGGACGCCCCACCAUCAUGAUGCUGGAGAAGUCCCUGGACAAUGGGAGGACUUGGCACCCAUACCAGUACUAUGCGGAUGACUGCAUGGAAGCCUUUGGCAUGCCAGCCCGGCGGGUCAGAGACCUCUCUACCACCAGUGCCAACAGGAUCAUCUGCACGGAGGAGUACUCCCGCUGGGCGGGCUCCAAGAAGGAGAAGAACGUGCGUUUGGAGGUGAGGGAUCGCUUUGCCAUCUUUGCUGGCCAGGACCUCAGGAACAUGGACAACCUGUACACCAGGCUGGAGAGCGCCAAGGGUUUGAAGGACUUCUUCACCGUGACUGACCUGCGGAUGAGGUUGCUGAGACCGGCACUUGGGGGCACCUAUGUGCAGAGGGAGAACUUGUACAAAUACUUCUAUGCUGUCUCCAACAUUGAAGUCACCGGCAGGUGUAAAUGCAACCUCCAUGCCAACCUGUGCUCCUUUAAGGAGGGCAGCCUGCAGUGUGAGUGCGAACACAACACCACUGGCCAGGACUGUGGCAAGUGCAAGAAGAACUUUCGCACCAGAUCUUGGCGGGCCGGCUCCUACCUGCCUCUCCCCAACGGAUCCCCUAACGCAUGUGCAGCUGCAGGCUCGGCCUUUGGCAACUGCGAGUGUUAUGGCCACUCCAACCGCUGCAGCUACAUUGACUUCCUGAAUGUAGUGACCUGCGUCAGCUGCAAACACAACACCAGGGGGCAGCACUGCCAGCACUGCCGCCUCGGGUUCUACCGGAACGGCUCGGCAGAGCUAGACGACGAGAAUGUGUGCAUAGAAUGUAACUGCAAUCAGAUCGGAUCGUUGCACGACCGCUGUAAUGAGACCGGCUACUGUGAAUGCAGAGAAGGUGCCGUCGGGCCCAAGUGUGACGACUGCCUUCCCAAUUACUACUGGAGACAGGGUUGUUUUCCCAAUGUCUGUGAUGAGGAGCUCUUGAUUUGCCAGAAUGGUGGCACCUGCUACCAGAACCAGAGAUGCAUCUGCCCUGCUGGCUACAAAGGGGUCCUGUGUGAGCAAUCCAAGUGUGACUCUGACAACAAGGCCUGCAAUUCUGCCUCCAGCACAUACCUCAGCCUAACCACCUUCCUCAUCAGUGCUCUCAUCCUCCAGCUGCGACGCUUGUUGGACUUUUGAAUUGCAAACACAAGGGAGCCAAGUCAAGGUGCAUCACCCGGGGGAGGCUAGGAGACUAAGGUCAUAGGUAGCCCUCCGCAGCAUCACCUCCUCAGCCUUCCUUUACUCUAGGACUUCCAUGACGUCAUUCAGUCCCCUGUCCACCGAGAGCUACAGCAUCUCAGGGGCUGACUCCUGUCCUUCCACCAGCAGCAGCCUUGCUCCAACAUCCGCGCCCUGGCCAGAGGUAGCCGCAGCAUGGACUUGGCUGCUGAGCUGCAGAGAGAGAACUGUGACAGCCAUUGUGCAGAAGCUGCAGUACCUUGCUGGCAUUAGAAAGGACUCCUGUCACACACACUUCCUUAAAAGCAGUGACUCGUUCCCCAUUUUGCACGGGGGGCUCUGGUUCCAGGGCAUGGGGGACCCUGCCAAAACAGUGCCGCAAUCCAAGGAUUUUUUUUUUUUUUAAACUUUUCAGUAGUUUCAUUUUCUUUCUUGUUUUGAAAGAGCCAGUCCUAAUUGCUCCAGAGCCCCAUGGCACCAGAGACUGGAGUCCAAGGCAUCCCUGGGGACACUCUGGUCCAUCCUUGCUGCAUAGUCCCAUGUUUCAUUGUUGACCUGGCCGGGCCCUAGAGAUACUGUUGCCUACAAAUCUAGUUGCUGAAUUUAUUAAGUUUUGUAUUUUUGUUGUUGGAUUUUUAUUUCCUUCUCUUGCACUUGACCAGAACAAAAAGGCCAUUGUGCGCAUGGUAUAUCAGAGUGCAACGUCUUAUCCAGGCAUUUCCGUAUAGUGUACGGUUCAAAUACUUUUUUGGUAGAGAAUUAUUUUUGUUUGAAUUAAAUGCUA